AUGUUUUAUUUUGACGAGGCCCUUUUGAACGACUCGCUCUGGAACAUCAGCAACGGCUCGGAGCAGAGUUACUUCGACCCGUCCUCUGAUUGGUGUGAGGCUGGCGAGGAGGAGUUCACCAUCAAGAUGUUCCAGACCUGCGUCUUCUGCCUCAUCUUCCUGCUGGGCAUGCUGGGAAACUGCCUGGUCAUCGCCACCUUCGCCCUCUAUCGCCGCCUCAAGCUUCGCUCUAUGACGGACGUGUUCCUGUUCCACCUGGCGCUGGCUGACCUCCUCCUGCUCCUCACGCUCCCUCUGGAGGCGGUCCACACUCACCACGGGUGGAUCUUCUCCGUCCCCCUCUGCAAGGCCACGCGAGCCUGCUACGCCAUCAACACCUACAGCGGACUGCUGCUGCUGGCCUGCAUCAGCGUCGACCGCUACCUGGUGGUGGCUCGAGCGCAGGAGGUGUUCAGGCUGCGCAGUCAGAUCCUGAGAGCAGGGAAGAUGGCCGCCCUGGGCGUCUGGGUUGUUGCCGUCCUCCUCAGCCUACCUGAAAUCCUCUUCUCCGGGGUGUCGGAGCUCGGCCCUGAAGACAUUGUGAAAUAUUACUGUGGCAUGGUAAAGAGCGGAAAGGUCAAGAUGGCCACCAACGGCGCCAUCAUUGCCGUCUUCUGCGUGUCCUUCUUCGUUAUGGUGACGUGCUACUCUCUGAUUGCUCGAGUGCUGUGGGAAGGGAACCGCCAUCGUCGAGGGAAGCAGUGGCACCGGCAGCGAACCCUGAAGCUGAUGGUGGCGCUGGUGCUGGUGUUCCUGCUCUUCCAGCUGCCCUACACCGUGGUGCUGUCCCGUAAGAUAGCGGGGCAGUUCUGCGGCCCUCUGCUGGAGUACGUCACCCGCACUUUGGCGUACGCCCGCUGCUGCCUCAACCCCGUCCUCUACGCCCUGGUGGGCGUGCGCUUCCGCAUCGAUGUGCUGAGGCUCGUCCGCGAUUCAGGAUGUCUACGCGGUCUCUACGUGGUGCCAGAGGUGGUGAACUCAGUGUCGCCCUCGUCGCCGGCUCUCACCGUGCACUCAGUUUCCUCUCCGACGCAACCGGAACGCAGCCUCUUCAGAUUCCCUCGAGGUUUCAGUUCCCAGGAAACGAAUGAUGUUCAGUGA